AACAAAAAGUUUUGGAUUUUCCUACCUAUCUCUCUUACGUAAUAGCACAAAACAGUAAACAGAACAAUAUUGAUUAUCGUGCAGCAGCAGCUGCUACAACACAGUUGCUUCGUUGCUUGUAACCGGCGAUUGGUCCGCUUUGUUUGCAUUUAAACGAAAUCGUGUUGUAUACUUAAAAGUUUUAUUCCAGUGCGCACUGCUCGCGUUUAAUAUUUUAUCUAUGGCUCGCGUAGUUUCGUCACGAUCGUUUUCUAGAUUUUAUCGACGUUAUUAAUAAAAUUAAAAUAUAAUAUACACGUAUAAUAAUCAAUUGGUGCAUUAAUACCAUUAUAAUAGUAUUAACGAACCAGCUGUCAUUACUGUCAUACCGGGGCCUUUCGAUAGAGCCGUAGAGCCAGAUAUCCAUUAUCCACAUAUCGUUGUUCGUUUUAUCCAUUGCCUACCUAUUCACAUUUCAUGAAAGUCGUAGUCCGUGGUACACGUUUGCGCAGAUCAUCUGGAUACAUGCCUUCCAGGAUAACCAUGUAUGCAAAUUUCUCCAGCGCCAAAAACACAACAGUCGGCGGUAGAGUAGAAUACCCCGACAAACGCUGUCCAACCCAAGGUCCACCGUUAACCACAGUCUCAUCAGAGUGUCUGCACCCAUUGGAUAAACCAUCAUGUUCCUCGCAACAGAAACUCAUGUUUGAGGAAUAUAACCAAAAUAAUAACUUUGAUAUUUACAACAUGGAUGCACCAACAGGUUCUGCGCUCAAGCCCUGUAAUACAGAUUUCAAGAAAACUUCAUGUAAACAGCAAAAAGUGGACUUGCCAACAAAAUUCAAUGAGAUAAAACAGGACAGCUUGAAAUCUCCUAUUGCUAAACUCAAUGAAAUUAUGUUGUUAAAAAAACAAGUAGUCGAAUACGGUUUGAUUUCCAUAACAGGUCAUGUACAUAAUCCAGUUUUUAGAUUUGUUGCUGUAAAUGAUGGAAUAUAUGCUUAUGGAGAUGGUUUGUCAAAAAAAGAAGCAAAGAAAAAUGCAGCUAUAGCUUUAUUGGAUAAAUUAGAUGACAUUAAUGGAAACAACACCAUAACGUCUACCACUUCAAACAUUUCACCAAGCAAUGUCAGCCCUUUGAAGUAUAGCAAAGAGAACGUUUUAGAUGAAAUAUCAAAAGUAAACCCUAUUGGUGUGCUACAAGAGUUGUGCAUGGCUCGUCGUUGGGAAUUACCUGAUUACGAUUUUCCACAAGAUGAACGCAAUGAAGCACAUAAUGUUUGGUAUUCUGUGGUAUGUUCCCUUAGGGACUUAAAAUCUGUAGGUGAAGGAAAAACCAAGCAAGCAGCUAAAAGACAAGCUGCUCAUAUUAUGUAUGAUCUAAUAAAAAACAUCCCUCAACAGAGCAUCUCUAAGGCUAGAGAAUAUGUUUAUCCAACACCUCGUAAAAUGAUGCAAGACAUGAUGGAAAGUAAGGAUUUUAAUUGCAUAAAUAAUCUGAAAUCCUUGGAAAUAUUCUUGAACCGAUUAAAAUCAUCACAAAAUCCAAGUUUAAACAAAUUAAGGAAUACCGAUUCCACAGUUGAAAUAAGAAAAAAUGCGAUUAAAUUUUUAGAAACGAUUGGAGAAGAGGAACAUUUUUGUAUUACAUAUUUAUUGAUGAGUAACAAGUCAUUUGAUAUUGAAAUAGUAGUGCAAUUAGCUGUCACUCCUCUUUUGUUGUUCAUCGGUUCGGGCAGAACAACAGAAGAUGCUAAAGAAAUGGCUGCCUAUGUUGCUCUAACUUACUUAAAACUUUUAUUACAGUAGUGAAUCAACAAAAAUACAACUAACUAAUAGAUUAAACCAUAGUUUAUAAUAUUAGUAUAAUGCUAACUUUUGUUAACUUUCUACUUAUGGUCGCCAAAUUCCUAUAACUUAUUAAAAAAGGUUUAUAAUAUUUAUUUUUUGAAUCACAAACACUAAUAUUUUUUUCCUUUCUAAUAUUUAGUUAAAUGCAUACGAUUUAUAAAUUGAUAUAAAAUAUUUUAUAUAUCAUUUUUAAAGUAAAAUUAUGUAUUGAAUUGUUUUCUUUAAGUACAUAUUUAGUUUUAACUUCCUACUAAUAGUAAAUUAAUUUAUUGUUUAUUUUUUUUUAAUGUCAUAAACUUAUUGAUAUAUUUUAUGUGAAUUUAAAAUUGUCUGCACAAUACGGUACAAUAUGCACACAGUUAAACUUCCAAUAUUCUCUGUAUAUUUUAUAACAAUUUGCUGUAUUUUAUUUUACAAAAUCUUUUGUUAAAAUUAAGAAGAUAAGUAUAAUAUUCUGAACAUUAUUUCAUAUUAUAUAUAAUAAAAGUAUUUAGUAUAAACUUAAGUAUUUGAUAAAUAUAUGUAUAUAAUGCACGAACAAUAGACAAUCACUAUUCAUUUUGUAUCCAAUCACUAUCUCGUGAGAAAUGUAUAAUAUAUUAAAGUGCCACAUAUUA